CGUUAAAUAGAAAACUAAAUAUGUACAGUAUUUAUUACUACUUAUAACUAUCAAUUAUUUUGUGUACAUUGACCCUAUUUUUAUUUAAUAUUUAUAUUUUGUACAUAAUUAAAUUCAAUUUUUAUAACAUUAAAAUUGGUGUCAAUUUUUUAAAUAAUGGAUGUGUCAGAUAAUAAAUAACUCAAUUAUUAAAAAGUGAGGAUAUAUUAAGUAUUUGUGUUUACUUUAAAGUCAAGGUUUUUAAAAAAAACUCAGCCAAAGUAUAGAUAAUUCUAUAAAUAAGUUUACCACCAUAAGAAAUUUCAAAAUGAUAAGAAGAUUACUGUGAUAAUAUGCAUUUAUCAGAUUGUGAUAUGCCACAUUUUUGUCUACUAUAAUUUUUAGGUUAUGUUUAUACAUGACUUCACGUUUAUGUAUAUCGUAUGUCACAUCGAAGUAAGUGAUAACGAUAUGUAUGUACUUUAAUUUUGUUUUCUUUCUAAUGUUCUCACUUGUAAUUUUAAAUACAUUAUAAAUUUACAGAAUGAAUGUGAAUUCUGUCGUCAUUGUUACACAAUUAUUUCUUUUGUUAAACAUAUAACUUAAAAUAACAGAUGUCUAAGUUAGACAUAACAAUUUAUGAGUAUUUUUUAUGUAUUUAAAGAAUUCUAAGACGAUUAUUUUUUUCUGAAGUAUGACAAGAUCACAUAUAAAAUAUCAAAUUGCGAAAGAUACAGAUGAUACAUCAGAUUAUUUUCUCGAACCAGUCCAAGAGUUUCCAAAUCUGUCUAAAAAAGAAGUAUCUUUUUGGAAAAAAUCUUUUCAAAUUAUCAUAUUAAUUCUGUGCUAUUUUGUGUUGUCUGUAGGUUUAACUUUUUAUGUACAAUGGCUUUAUAAUACAUAUGGAUUUCAUUUUCCACUUGUUGUGGUGAUAUGUCACUUAUUAAUAAAAUUUUUGUUUUCUGCCUCAAUAAGAUGUAUUAAAACAUGUUGGAAGAAACAACAAUUAAAACUUCCUUUACAAAGCAUAAUAGGAAUGGUUAUGCCAAUUGGCAUAGCUAGUGGCCUUGAUAUAGGUCUAUCAAAUUGGGCAAUUUCAUUAAUUACUAUGUCAUUAUAUACUAUGACAAAAUCGACUUCUAUUAUUUUUAUUCUUGGAUUUGCACUCUUUUUGAAGUUGGAGAAAAAGUCUUGGACAUUAUCAUGUAUUGUAGUAAUGAUAUCAGGAGGUUUAUUUAUGUUUACUUAUAAAUCAACACAAUUUGAAGUUUUUGGAUUUGUAAUUUGCCUCUUAGCAUCAUUUUUAAGUGGUAUUCGGUGGACUAUGACACAACUAGUUAUGCAAAAAUCUAAACUUGGAAUGAAAAGUCCAAUUGACAUGAUGUACUAUAUGCAGUUAUGGAUGUUAUUACCUAUUGUACCAGUGAUGAUAUGGUUUGAAGGAUCUCAUCUAUACAAUAGUUUUAAAAAUACAGAUUGGAAUGAUGUUCAAACUAUUACAAUGACUAUAAUUGCUGUAUUUGGAAGUGCUAUUAUAGCUUUCCAUAUGGAAGUUAUGGAAUUUUUAGUUGUUACAUAUACUUCUAGUCUUACACUUUCAAUUAUUGGCAUAAUUAAGGAAAUAUUUAUUUUAAUUUUGGCUGUUGAAUGGGAAGGUGAUCAAAUGAGUCAUCUUAAUUUUGUAGGAUUGUUAAUGUGCCUUUGUGGAAUCACAAUUCAUACGAUACAAAAAGCAUUAUCCAAUAGGAACAAAAAAGCUGAAAAUUUGGAAUUACAAGUAAAUUCUCUUUCAAGUAAUAAUUUUAAAACUGAAGAGGUAAUCGAUACAAAUUUACCUUUGUUAACUCAAAAAUCAACAUCGCUAACAAAUCUUUUAAACGCGGAAUUCAGUUCAGAUGAAGAUGAUACAGUUAAACAUGGUGAGAAUUCUACUCAGAUACUAUCUAAUAUAUUGCAACGUAGGGAACAGUAAAGUCUAAACUCUAACAUUAAUAUACAAGGACAUAAAAUUUAUUUAUUCUGAAAAGUCAUUCCAUAUCUAAUUAUAUACUAUUUCCCGCAUUUUAUACAUAUUUUUACACCUCAAUUUAAUUAUUAAAUUUAUAAUCCUUAAUUUUCAAUGAAAAUGUUAAUAAUUAUUAUUUAUGUCCUAUUUUUAAGGAUAUUAUUUAUGCAUGUAAAAUUAUGUAUAAAUUUAUUUUUUUAAUAUUAUUUCGAAAAACAAACAAAUUUUUAUUUAAACACUUAAAAACUUAAAGAGUGCAAAUAAUAUACAUAUAUAAAACAAAGUACAUAUAUGUAUAGUAAAUAACUUUAAAAGGAAAUUUAUUUUAUAAUUAUUUACUUACAGCCUGUGUUAUUAGUUCCUUGCUUAAAAAUAGCAUAACUAUACCUUAUUAUUUAGUAGUAUUUUUCACAUUUGAUCUUAUUUAUGCUAUAUACAUAUAUUUAUACACAAAUAACAAGACUUCCAGAAAUACACAGCAUAAUAAUAGAUGAUAAUGUAAACAUUGAAAAACUGUGCACAUUUUAUAAAUUAUUAUUAAUUUAAAAAAAAGGUAUAUCUAAUUAACAACUUUUUAAUCAAAAUUUGUGUGAACAGCCAUUAUUGUUAUUUAAUAUUAUUCUUAUAAUAUUAUAAGGACAAAUAUACAAAAACAUUACAGUAGACAAAGAGAUUAUUAAUUUUUUAUAUUCAUAAAUCGUAUUUUAUGUAAUUUGAUGUUAAUAUUAUACAAAUUAAUUAUACAGUAUAAAAACAAUGCUUCAUAUAAUUAUGUAAUUUUAUGGUAAUUUAUUUGAUUUUAUGAUAUACAUGUUAAUUUGCAUAAGGAUAAUAAUAAUGUAUUUUGUCAAAGAAAUUUAUUUAAUAUGUAUGUUCUCAUAUUGAGAAUGUUAUAAUUUUUAUUUUAUAAUCUUAAAGUAUUCGUAAUAAACUUUGUAUACAUAAGUAUGCUAUUAUAUGUUAUUAUUUAUUUAAUUCUUAAAUAAGUCCUAUGGAAUUCGUCUAUUGUAAGAAAUAUUUAAUAAGAUUAUGUUUCUAUAACUCUGUAAACUAUUGAAACAUAAUUUAUAUAUAGUUUAUAUUUAUAAUUAUAAUAUACGACAAUAAAAUGCAAAAACUAUGUGUUUUGGUAUCGUACUUGCAAUUAGAAGUACGAUUUACAGAUGGUAAAAGUAAUCUUUUUAUUUUGAAACUUAGGGAUUUCAUUAGAGGUUCACAUUAAAUUAUUUAAUUUUUUUAAUACUAUACUAAUACUAAUAAUGAAGUUGAUUUCUUUUUAAAAUUACGAAACAAAUUUUUUUAUACAAUUGUAUUAUUAUGAGAAAAAUAAUAAAUAUGAUAUAUAUAUAUAAAACAAAAUUCUGUAAUUAUUAUUAGAUAGAUUAAUAAAUAAUUGUUAUGUAUGUAAUUUAAUAAAUAACUUUGUAAACCCCUUA